UUUCUGUGCAUAAAUAUUGUUGCAUAUUAUAAUCACAAGAUCAGAUCAAUAAUAAUGACAAGCUUUUCCUUCUUCACCUCACUUCUUUUCUUUCUUCUCACCAUUUCAGAUUCAUUAUUUAUGAAAAUCAAUGGCCUAAGUUUUGGAAUAAACUAUGGACAAGUAGGAAAUAAUCUACCUUCUCCUUCAAGAGUAGCUGUUCUUAUAAGAUCAAUGAAUGUAACAAGAAUCAAACUCUAUGAUGCUGAUCCAAAUGUUCUACAUGCUUUCUCUCAAUCAAAUGUUGAAUUUGUUAUAGGAAUUGGAAAUGAGCAUUUACAAAAUAUGACAAAUCUUUCAAAUGCUCAAAUUUGGAUUCAACAUCAUGUUCUACCUUAUCUUUCACAAACAAAAAUAAUUUCCAUAAAUGUAGGAAAUGAAGUAUUCAAUAGUAAUGAUACUCAAUUAAUUUUAAACCUUCUUCCUUCAAUGCAAAAUGUCCAUAAUGCCCUUGUUAAUCUUGGAUUAGACAAACUAAUUAGUGUCACAACAGCUCAUUCUUUUAACAUUUUGGAAAAUUCUUACCCUCCUUCUUAUGGUUCUUUUAAGCAAGAUUUGAUGCAAUAUAUUCAACCACUUGUUGAAUUUCUUGAUGAAAUUAAUUCACCUUUUCUUAUUAAUGCUUAUCCUUUUUUUGCUUAUAAAGAUAACCCUAAUGAGGUAUCUUUAAACUAUGCAUUAUUUCAACCAAAUCAAGGUUUGGUUGAUCCAAAUACAAAUUUACAUUAUGAUAACAUGUUGUAUGCACAAAUUGAUGCUGUUUAUGCCGCAAUCAAAGCGAUAGGAUAUACGAAUGUUGAAGUUAAGGUUUCUGAGACCGGUUGGCCUUCAAAUGGCGAUUCCGAUGAAAUUGGAGCUACACCUCAAAAUGCAAAAUUGUAUAAUGGAAAUUUGCUUAGAAGAAUUGAGGAAAAACAAGGAACUCCUGCAAAACCUUUGGUUCCAAUUGAUGUAUAUGUUUUUGCACUUUUUAAUGAAGAUUUGAAGCCUGGUCCUGCUUCUGAGAGAAACUAUGGACUUUAUUAUCCUAAUGGUAGUCCAGUUUAUAACAUUGGAUUGCAGGGUUAUCUUCCACAGAUGGUUGUUCCUUCCAAAUCUAAGGUUUUGUCUUUCAAUUUUCUUGUAUGUAUAGUUACAUGCAUGAUUUUUACUUGGGAGCUUUCAGGAUCAUAAUCAGAACAAGGGAGGAUUCAAAUGAAGCAUAUGAAGUCCUAUAUUCUUUUUUGCAAUAGAAAGUUAUUCAAGGUGAAGGAAUAUUCAAAUGAUUCUUGAAUAUUAUUAUUUUUUCAUUUUUAUAAUUACCUUGCAAUUUUUUUUAGCAAGGUGAUUAAAAAUUUAUGCUUUACUAUUUAAGCAUUUCAAAGAUACCAUGUGGAUCAUAUGAACAUUAAAUCCUAUUUAUUUUAAGUCAUAGGUCACAUGCUAGCUAAUCCUGCCCUCAAACAUUUUAUGCAUCCAUUCCAUUCUACCAUAAAAUAAAAAAUUAGAUAUUGUAUGAAUAUAUGCUUAUGUAAGAAACUUUAGUCCUAGUACUAAAAGGGAAGGCUUCUUUGAUGCCACCACACCAUUUUAAUUAUUGGAUUUAUGUUAAUAGUACUAUUGUAC